AAGCUCACGAAAAUAAAAAGCGGAAGUUAAUCCUCUUUCUUCUAUCCUCUAUAUUCUGGCGCCCAACCCAUUUUACCACUACUAUGGCGUCUAUGCUCUCUCACUCUUCUUCUUCCUUUCUGAACCUUAACUUUACUAAUGAUUUAUCGCUCUCCUUCUCCCCUCCUUUGCCACAACUCCCAAAAAGCGCUUCUCGAAAAUGGAACAGUUAUGAAAAUUAUAGAAGCUAUACUGUAAAUUGUGCACUUGCAAAAGCCAGAACGCCUCCUUCGCCCGCUUCUGAUGCAUUCAUAAGAGAACCCCACAAAUAUUUCGAUGAGGUGGUUAUCACAGUUCGUGCUGGAGAUGGAGGGCAUGGUGCCGUUCUUAAUAUCCCAACAUUAGACAGAGAAAAGACUAAGAGGAAACCCUCUUAUAAAAGGGACUUUGAUGGCUCAUUAAUCCUUCCAAUGGGGGGACAUGGUGGCGACGUUGUAAUUUAUGCAGAUGAGAGCAAAGAUACACUAUUGGAGUUUCACAACAAGAGCAAGCACAAGGCGAAGCGUGGGGGGAAUGUUGAUGCCAUGGGUGUGUUAACAUCUUACUUGCAAAAUGGACUUGCUGCACCAACAUUGCGAAUUCCUGUUCCACUAGGUACUGUUGUGAAACAUAAAAGAGGAAAGUUUUUGGCAGAUCUAGCUAAUCCAGGUGAUGAAGUUCUUGUUGCAAGGGGAGGACAAGGAGGGAUUAGCUUGUUGGAAGUUCCGGAGCACAAAAAGAAACAAAUGACGAGUUUAACCACAAAUAUGAUGAGAGAUGACAGCGAUAAGGUUUUAGCUAUUGGCCAGCCUGGAGAGGAAGUUAGCCUGCAGUUGAUACUGAGAGUUGUUGCUGAUGUGGGUCUUGUUGGACUUCCAAAUGCUGGAAAAUCGACCCUAUUGGCUGCCAUUACACAUGCAAAGCCCGAUAUUGCUGAUUAUCCAUUCACUACGUUGAUGCCAAACCUUGGACGUCUUGAUGGCGACCCAAGUUUAGGGGCAGACAAAUAUUCAUCUGAAGCAACUCUAGCGGACCUGCCUGGUCUCAUAGAAGGUGCACAUUUGGGGAAGGGUCUAGGGCGUAAUUUCUUGAGGCACUUGAGGAGAACAAGAUUGUUGGUCCAUGUUGUUGAUGCAGCUUCCGAGGACCCAGUCAGUGAUUACAGAACUGUGAAAGAAGAACUGCGGAUGUACAAUCCUGAGUACCUUGACAGACCAUACCUUGUAGUGCUUAACAAGAUUGACAAACCUGAGGCAAUAGACAGGCUCCCUACCUUGACUGAAGAAAUAUGGAGAAUUGGGUGUGAAAGAAUAUCUACCGAGCCCGACUCAAGCUCUGGAGCUGUGGCUGAGUCCAUUUCUGUUGACGGGAGCCAAAACAGUGAGCUUUCUUCUGGGUUAUCUGCUAGGGAUCAGAAGGUUAAAGAACUUGAAGAGUAUCCAUGCCCUCUUGCUGUUGUUGGUGUUAGUGUACUGAAAGGGAUUAAAGUCAAUGAGAUGUUGAAGGAGAUACGGACGGCGCUUCGCAAAUCCCUGUGAUGCAGCAUUUGCUACUGUCAAAGUAUUUUGUCAGGAUUGAUGAAGUUUUAAACCGUUAAAAUGAUUGGCUGCCUUGACAUAUCAUAUGCUGUUGUUGCCUGGGUUUUGGAUGCAUUAAGGACUAUAUAGAGGCAAAAUUUGUCAGCCUACUCUUCAAGUUAUCAAAGAUUAUACUAUUACACUGCAGUCUUUGGGAUCUGUACCUCGGCCAUCUCAUGCUGGAAAUUAGCGGCUGUGCGCGCGCGAAUAUUCUUGAGACCCACCUUGAUCCUUGCCGCUCAUUUGUUCAGUUUAAUAUUCAAACACCUCCAGCUCCUUAGGCAAGAAGAAGAAGAAGUUGUCUGUUAUGAUAUGAUCUUUUCUCUAGUGUAUUAUAAAGGUAAAAGGAAUGCAUAGUUUUGCGUUUUAGAUUCUCUCACGACUUAUGAAGGUGUAUGCAUCUUUUAUCUUGUGAUAAAAUUCAGGCGUAUGAAAAGCCUCAAACCAUGCAAACCUUGUACGAUGUCAACUAUUUUUAUAGGCAAGAGCGUGACACAUUACGUCUCAGCAAUUUAGUUUGAUGAAAGUUUAGUCUCAGUUAAUUGAUGCCAACUUUGUUA